UUAUUAUAUGCAACUAUUAGAAGCGAAACUAUUUAAAAAUAUUUUUUAUGCAAACCAAAUCAAUCGAUUACCAUUUGAAAAUAACUGUAUGAUGUUGCCAGAUCUCUGUUUUUCGAAAACACAUGUGUGGACUAGUAGAAGCAGCCCUGGCCCACUAUUAUCGAAACUUUCACAUCACUAGAAUGAAAAAAUUGACAACAAACGACGCGACGCGCGCUCUUUUCGAAACUAACAGCAUUUUAAUUUGUUUAAACAAACAACAGUGUAAAUAUAUUUAGUAAAAUGAGCAACAAAAGCACGCCUGUGCAGCAACGCAUACACCAAUUCCAAGCACGUGCACGCGGCAGCUUUGGUGCCAGUGGCAGCGCCACGAAAACGCCUGCAACAGUUGCGGCAGGACUGCGUCGCAAGGUGUUGUGCCGCACGCCCAAACGGAGUGCCGAGAAACCGACGCACACACAGGCAGACCAACUGCUAAAUACGGCUUUUAGCAGCGGCAUUGCAACACCAACUCCACACCCGAAGCCAAAGCCAACCGCACUAAAUGCAUGCUACACGCCCUCGUCGCUCUACCGAAAUGCGGGUAAAUCGACGCCGUUGCGAGGACCCCAAACGCCCAGCAACAACGUGAAAUCCGCAAGCAGGAUGAAGGAUAAAGAUGCCAUGGUCGAGUCCUUUCACAGCAUUGCCGAGGAGAGCAACAUGAUGGUUGCGGUGCGCGUGCGUCCACUGAAUGCGCCGGAAUGCCAGCGUGCCAGCGUCACGAAUGUGGUGCAAGUCCAUGGCAACAACGAGCUGAGCGUCCAGGCGGGCAGCAGCGCUGAUGCGACGGCCGGAGUUACACAUUUCUUUAGCUACGAUCAGGUUUACUAUUCAUGCGACCCGGAUCGCAAGAACUAUGCGGAUCAGCUGGCCGUAUUUUCUGGCACUGCGCAACCAUUGAUCGACACCGCCUUCGAGGGAUAUAAUGCGUGCUUAUUUGCCUACGGGCAGACCGGUUCGGGCAAAUCCUACAGCAUGAUGGGCAUUGAGGGGCUGGAUGAUGCGGCGCUAGAUGGCAAUGCCCCGCAUAUGGAGGCGGGCAUUAUACCACGUUUCUGUCAUGAGCUCUUCAGAAGAAUCGAUGCAGUCAAGCAGCAGCUGCAGGUGGAGGUGGAGGUCAGCUACUUUGAAAUCUACAAUGAGAAAAUACACGAUCUGCUUAGUGUGCAGCAGGCUAUUGCCGCCACGCCGGAUACGCCCGUGCAGCGGCAUGCUCUGAAGGUGCGCGAACAUCCCAUUUUCGGGCCAUAUGUUGUGGACCUGAGCGCUCAUUCGGUGGACUCAUAUUCGGCGCUGCGCAACUGGCUGGCCGUGGGCAACUCGCAGCGGGCCACCGCCUCGACGGCCAUGAAUGACAAAAGCUCCCGCUCGCAUUCCAUAUUCAACAUUGUGCUAAAUCUCACAGAUUUGAGCAGCGAUGAUGGCAUGUCCUCGGACACCGAUUCAGGCACGGUCGUCUCGCUGCGCCAGACGCGACGCAGCAAGAUCAGUUUGGUGGAUCUGGCGGGCAGUGAACGCAUUAGCGUAUCGGGCUCCAAUGGCGAGCGUAUACGCGAGGGCGUGAGCAUCAAUAAAAGCCUGCUCACCCUGGGCAAGGUGAUUGCCGCGCUGGCGGAUUCGCGCAAGAUGGGCGGCAAUGCCACGCCCAGCACAUUUGUGCCCUAUCGGGAGAGUGUGCUCACCUGGCUACUGCGGGAAAACCUGGGUGGCAAUUCCAAGACGGUGAUGCUGGCCACCAUUUCACCAGCCAGCCUGCAUGCGGAUGAGACGCUCGCCACGCUGCGCUAUGCGUGUAAGGCGCGCUCCAUCGUGAACCGGGUUAAGGUGAAUGAAUCACCGCAUGACAAGAUCAUCAGGGAUCUGCGAGCAGAGGUGGAUCGCUUGAAAUCGCUGCGGAACGAAUACGAGCGGCAGCGUCGUCUCUCGGCGAACAACAACAAUCCGCCGGCGCCGCGAAAAAUCAUAAUUGAGACUUCCGUGGAUGACAGCGAGGUGGAGGCGCUGCGUCAGCAGCUGGCGGAACGCGAACGUGAGCUGAAUCGCGCUCAAAAGUCAUGGAUGGAGAAGCUUAAAGAGGCGGAGGAUCAGCGCAAAUCGGAGCUGCGUUUGCUCAAGCGCAAAGGACUCGCAUUGGAGCUAACCGCCGAUCAGAAACAGGCCUGCCUGGUCAAUCUGACGGAUGAUCCCAUGCUGAGCGGCACCCUGUUCUAUCUGCUGCCGCCGGGCACUGUGCGCAUUGGACGCGGCCGUCUGCCGGGAGCACCGGCCAGCUCCCUGCCGGAUAUUGUGCUGGACGGUCCGCUGGUGGCGCUGCAGCACUGCACCAUCGAGCACGAGCGCUCCGGCAAGCUGUACGUGAGUCCGGGCAGCGAAGAUUUCGAGACCUAUGUGAAUGGUGAACUGCUGCAGCAGCGGCGACCUCUGUUCCAUGGCGAUCGUUUGGUCAUUGGCGGCUCGCAUUACUUUCGCAUCUCGAAUCCGUUUUGCAGUCAGCGCGGCAAAGCCGAACAGCUGCACGUGGACUUCCAGCUGGCGCACCAGGAGAUACUGCAAAAGCAGGAGCAGCAGCUGCGCAGCGAACUGGAGGCCGAGAAGCACGCGGCACUCACGCGCAUCGAGCAGGAGCGUGUGCAGCAUGCGCGCGAUUUCGAGGAGCGGCUGCAGUGCCUCGAACUGGAGCAUUUCAAGUACAAGUGCAACAGCGAAAUGCUCGAAACGGAGCGCCAGGCGCUGGCCCAGCAGCAGCUGAAGCAGACGCCCAGUGCCACGACGCCGGCGCAAAAGUCCACACUGCUCGAGGAUAUACAGCGCAUUAUGCUAAAUCCCAGCGAAGAGAGCCUGCACAAGACACAGCUGAUGGUCAAGGAGGCGACGCAGCGGUGUCGCCAGCUCGGCCUAAAGCAGCUGGAAUUCCGUCAGACCCAAACGCCCGACGAGUUCGGACUGCUACGCACGGUCAUCCUGAUUGUGGACAAGCAGCGCGCCCUGAAGGCCGAAUGGCCCACUGCCCGCCUGGGCGUCUGGCUCGAUCUGCAGCGCGACGCUGUGCUGCCGAGCAGUGCCAGCAAUAUAUUCCAGAGCGUGGAGGUGGACUGGCAGCCACUGGAUGCGGCACUUAAUGAAACGCUUAAUGACACACACAACUCCAGUCGCAUUGCCCUCAAUCUGAGCGCCAUGAAGGAUGCGCUGCUCAAGCCGCCAUUCAAGCGGCUGCUCAGCGCCAACAAUACGCCCCAGCAGACUUCCACGCCGGCAAAGACGCCAGCCAGCGGCUCGCCCAGCAGCAAACUGGCGCAAUAUACCAAGCGCCUGCUCACCUACGAUCUGGACGAGCAGCAGCAGCAGCAUCCGGCGAGCAGCUGCCACAACUUAUCCCAGCUGGCGCAGCAGGAGCUGCAGCUGAUGCAGCGCUCCGCGCAGCGCUUGUAUCGCCACUGCGAGCAGGCGCUGCGCGAGCGGGAGAACCAAUCGGAUGCCGGCACUCUGGCUGACAAUCUGCAGAUUGCCCUAACCCAACUGGACACUCUGCUCCAGGGCAUGCACGGCUUGCUCGCCCAGUCGGCUGAGGUGAGUUCGCCAACUAAAGCGCAAAAGGCUGUGCGUUUCCUUAUCGAUUGACGAAUUUGUUUCAGUUUUAUAUACCAUUUACCUUAAAUCCAAACCCAUUCUAUUCAUUUAUGACCUUCAAUGCAAUGUCCUGUAUUUGUUUUUAUUCGUUUUUU